GUUCUGAAGGAACAUUUUAAUAUCCUCACUUGCUUAAAGCUCAUAGACAAAGGAUGGGGGCUAGUGUGUUCCAGAACCAUGCAAUCAGCAUGGAAGAAAUUGUGGUCCGAGAUUGUUGCUGAAAGAGACUUGACAGUUUGAGGAUGAGCCUGCGCCUGUUGUGAAGGAUAUUGUGUGUCUGGACAAGUCUACGGGCUCGGAUGUGAUGAUGUGGAGGAGUUGGUAGAGGACCACAACACUGAGCUGACCACCCAGGUACUCCCAAGACCUUCAGAGGGAGCAGACAAAAUAUGGCAGCUGAGGAGCACUCUUCAGAGGAGGAAGAGGGAAGGGAGCAUAUUCCUACUUCAUUAAUCAAGGAAAUGCUUGGGAAAUGGGGAGAAAUGCAAAGUUUUAUUGAGAAAUAUCACCCUGACUAGUAACUUCUGUGAUUAACUUCUUCAGUGACAAUGUACUGUUUCAUUGUAGGCAAGUGUUAAAAAGCAGGUGAAAACAAACAUCAUUGUAUAGGUUUUUAGUGAGACAGAGGCCCACUGAGCCUGAAGCAAAUUGUAGUGAGCAAAGAGACAAACCUACAAAAAAGAGCUCCCUGACAUUUUAUGGAAGGAAUUCCCUUCCAAAUAAUAAACACCCCUCCUCUCCAAAUUCAGUCAUCAAUAGCUCUCAACAUUAAAGGCAUGCCCAAAGAAAAAUACGAGCCCCCUGACCCUCGGAAGAUGUACACAAUUAUGUCCACUGAGGAAGCAGCAAAUGGAAAGAAAUCACAUUGGGCAGAGCUUGAAAUAAGUGGAAGAGUAAGAAGCUUGAGCUCAUCUUUGUGGUCACUAACUCACCUGACAGCUUUGCAUCUGAGUGACAAUUUCCUGUCCCGUAUUCCUUCAGACAUUGCCAAGCUUCACAAUCUGGUGUAUCUGGACCUGUCCUCAAACAAAAUCCGGAGUUUACCAGCAGAACUCGGAAACAUGGUAUCACUCAGGGAACUCCAUUUAAAUAACAACCUGUUACGAGUUCUACCUUUUGAAAUGGGGAAACUGUUUCAGUUGCAGACCUUAGGCCUGAAAGGAAAUCCACUUACCCUGGAUAUAUUGAACCUCUAUCUGGAACCAGAUGGAACAAAAAGGCUACUUAACUACUUGCUUGAUAAUUUGGCAGGUACUGCAAAAAGAAUUUCAACAGAACAACCACCUCCAAGAUCUUGGAUUAUGUUACAAGAACCAGACAGAACAAGACCAACUGCCUUGUUUUCUGUCAUGUGCUAUAAUGUUCUUUGUGAUAAAUAUGCGACCCGGCAGUUAUAUGGCUACUGUCCAUCAUGGGCACUAAAUUGGGAUUACAGGAAAAAGGCCAUUAUUCAAGAAAUCCUGAGCUGCAGUGCUGAUAUCAUAAGUCUUCAGGAGGUUGAAACAGAACAGUAUUACAGUUUUUUUCUGGUAGAACUGAAAGAACGUGGCUAUAAUGGAUUCUUUAGUCCUAAAUCUAGAGCUAGGACAAUGUCAGAACAAGAAAGAAAGCAUGUUGAUGGCUGUGCAAUAUUUUUCAAGACAGAAAAAUUUACUUUGGUUCAGAAACACACUGUUGAAUUUAAUCAGCUAGCAAUGGCAAAUUCAGAAGGGUCUGAAGCUAUGCUGAACAGAGUUAUGACAAAAGAUAACAUUGGAGUUGCAGUACUACUAGAACUUCGAAAGGAAUUGAUUGAAAAGUCAUCGAACACAGCAGGAAAGCCACAUCUUGGAACAGAAAAACAACUUCUUCUCGUGGCUAAUGCUCACAUGCAUUGGGACCCUGAGUACUCCGAUGUGAAGUUAGUUCAGACAAUGAUGUUCCUCUCAGAAGUGAAGAGCAUUAUUGAUGAAGCCUCUCGAAGCCUCCACCCAAGUGCGCUGGGAGAGCUGGGGAACAUUCCACUGGUGUUGUGUGCAGAUCUUAAUUCCUUGCCGGACUCUGGUGUUGUAGAAUAUUUGAGCACUGGUGGAGUAGAAACAAACCAUAAAGACUUUAAGGAGCUGAGAUACAAUGAAAGUCUUACGAACUUCAGCUGUAAUGGGAAAAAUGGGACCACCAACGGGAGGAUCACUCACGGUUUCACGCUGAAGAGUGCGUAUGAGGCUGGCCUGAUGCCUUACACAAAUUACACGUUUGAUUUCAAGGGUAUAAUUGACUACAUCUUCUAUUCUAAGCCUCAGCUGAACACCUUGGGCAUCCUGGGACCUCUGGACCACCAUUGGCUAGUUGAGAAUAAUAUCAGCGGCUGCCCACACCCACUUAUCCCCUCCGACCACUUCUCACUUUUUGCACAACUGGAGCUCUUACUGCCAUUCCUGCCCCAAGUUAACGGCAUUCACCUUCCUGGCAGGAGGUAGUGAAGCACCUUCAGAAGACGACCUCAGUUUCACUUGUAAACUUAUAUAAAAAAUCUGAAAUAGGGGAGUGAGAUACGGCCAUUAGGGAUUUUUUUUCUUAGUGAUGAUUUGAGGUUUCAGUCUGAUUAUUUGACAGGGAUAUAGUGUGAAAGCCAGGUGCUAGCAGCAGACAAAUUCUGAGCCCAAUAUGCUUUCUAUACUGUUGGACAGGGGUGGUGUGUUUGCACCUAUCUGUGAUUUGUUACCAGUAAUUUUCCUGUUUCUUCCAUCUAAUACAGUAUUUUCAUGCCUUGAAAUAGGAAAAUGUUUGAACAGCAUAUUCUCUUUGCACAGAAAUCUAUAGUACUACUUUUUUGAGGCCAGUAAUAACAUCCAGAGACCAUUCUUCCAUACUUUACUCCCUUCUUUUUCAGACAUACUUGUAAAAUACAGAAUUUGAAUUUAGCCUUUAUGAUUGUAUAAUGAUCCACAGAAGACCUGAUUUAUGAAAUUUUGUACUAAAAAAAUCAGAUUUGGAAAUGAUUGUAUUGUAAAUUAAGGCUAAGUUUUGUUUUGUGUGUGUUUUUUACACCGGUUUCAUGUGUUAUAAAGGCCACCUUGUAAAGAAGCUGCAACAGACUUUCUCUGUUGAGGAGUUGCACUGUUGCGUUUCCUUGGCUGUUUUGUGCUACUUUAUUAUUAAAUGGAGAAACUUACUCUUUAAACCUAUUUAAAUCGUAGGACAUUUUUUCAUGAAUUCUGGGUUUUUACAAAAACUGUAUCUACCAGGACACAUAAGCCGAGCAGUGAUGAUCUGUAGGCAUUUCUGGACUGAAUAUAAUGAUAUAUGUACAUUCUGAUAUUUUUAAAUCUUUAACUUUUUUUAAGUUAAAAAAUUGCAGCUGCUUAGGUACAGCUUUUUAACUCCUUUUUGAGAAACCUCCUGUCUAUCUCCACUGUGCCUGCCUAAAUUGUUCUCACCAAACACUGCCUGUGCAUGCAGAGAAAAUCUGUGCAUCUUCUUUUAUAGUUUUUAAAUACUGUUGAACAUUUGUGAGGAUUUUAUGGAAAUGCUUUUGUAUGAGCUGUGACUUUUUUUCCAUUGCAAAGCAUUGAAGAUCACAUUUUGGACUUAGGGUGAAUCCCUGGGUGUUUGCUCACUAGACCCAAGCACUGCUUCUUGGUGUCACUCACAGUGCUGUCACCCAGAAUACUGCUAUCAUGUGAAGUCUUUUGUUUUCCAUGUAUUCCUUAGCCUCCAUGUUUUUCUUUUAAAAAAUCAUUCCUUUUUUUUUGGUAAUUUUCCGUUUAUGAAACAGUUAUAAAUGAGAUGUAUUUUCAAAACAGGUCCUUAAGGCAAUUCUUCAGAUCAUUUUUGAAGUGACUAAGCUAUUUUAAUAUGUCAACCAAGAUAAAAGUUAUAUUAUACCCUGUAUAUUUGCCCAUAGUGCCAUUAGUAGAUUAGAAAUUAAAACCAGCUUUAACUUUACAAAGUUAACUCAUAUGUAUUUUGGUCUCAUUUAUUAUCUCAAAACUAAAAUUAAUCCAGAGGGAACUUGGUCCAACUACUUUUGUUUCAACUGCAAGCAAGGGAGGAAAAGAACACCAUGUGAGCAUUAGGGUGAAAAAUGGUUAAAUGAUAACAAUUUUUACACAGAGAAUGAAUCAUUUUUUAUGAUAACAAAAUUUUAUGAAAAAAUAUUCAGCACAUAAAUGUGCUUAUUCUGUUUUUAAGAGAAA